AUGAUGAAUAUAAGCAUAGUUAAAUUAAUUUAUAUUGACCGUUUACUUUUAUUUAUACUUGUAUUGUUUAGCGGAACCAAUUCUAUGUCUGAUGAAUUAUCAAAUUAUAGCGCCGGGGGCUUAAUAACGAAUGUCCCAUAUUUUUCAAGUGUGACCAUAAGUGGAAUGAAACAAAAUAUUACAACAUCUCCAAUUAAAAAAUAUUUAAAUAAAGUCAACCGAAAACAGUAUGAGAUUAUAAAUAUGCUUUGGAGGAAAACUAAAAUAUUCGUCGACAUAGAAAAUAACACGAGUAAAUACAAAUCCCAAAAAGUCAACUCGACUGAAAAAACAAAACAAUAUUUUUUACGAAAAAACCUGCAAAUUCCUCGUCCUUUUCCUGGUUUUCAAACUUCUACACCAAGUUUUAUAGAAUUUUAUUACUUGCAUGAAAUCGAUGAGUCGAAUAAGGGUAAUAUUUUACACACAGAUUCACAUAAAAUGGUUGAUGUGAAAACAAAAAUUGAUAAUGUUAGACUUAAUUCUUUAAGAUCAGUUAAUGCUUUUUAUUUAUUCGAUCGAUUCUUAAAAACACCACAGGAAAAUGUAUACAAAAGUUUCAAAACUUCCGGUAGAACAAGCUCGAAUAAGCAAAUUAUUCUAAAUGAAACUUCCUUAUUUACACUAAGCACUGACCAAUAUUCAGAAAAAAAUGAGAACAUAACUCAACUUGAUAAGUUGAACAAAUCUAUUUCAUCGAAGAUAUUUCAUGAUGAUCCACGCUUUGUGCCUGACAAGAACAAAAAAAGAAAAGCUGUACAUAAUUCGACAGCAAACAAGAGAAUAACUCAAGCUGAAAACUCAACACCAAAAGUUUUUCAGUACAGAAAUGUUGAUGUACAGCAUACCACCACAAACGACAAAGUAAAAUUUUUUGAAAUUUACGAUAGUCAACUAGCAUUUGACCACAAAGAAAGCAUUGAUUACAUAAAAAUCAAAACUGAAAACAAAGAAGAAAAAAAAUUACUGUUAGAGCAUCUUGAUUUUGAUGCAGUACAAAACAAUGCCGAUACAAAACUAAAGCAUAGAAAAAAACAUAUUAUCGAAACAAAUCGUAAUGGGUUUCAGAUUCAAGAAUCUCUUAAUAGCGUGACAAUGUUGAAUACCUCAACUAAAGAAAUGAAGACUAGCAGUGGACGAAUGAGAGAAAUCUCAUUUCGUUAUGAAUUUGUUCCUUGGUUGAAUUAUCCUUUUAUGGCUGUUUAUGUUUACGAGCCAUUACAGGUAUAUUGCGACUCUGCCAGUAUCAGUCAACAUUGGCUUAUAGCUUCUGCCUCUUGUUUGUCUCGGCAUCACGAAAAUCCAGGCGGAUACGGUCAAUCAGCUUUCGUAACUUAUUGUGGAGAUAAUUGGCGGCAGCUGGAGAGAAUCGCCUAUGUAAAAUACAGCAUUAUCCAUCCGAAAUUCCGCUCCCAUGAUAGAGUGCGACAGCAGCUUUAUAAUAUUGGGCUUAUUCGAGUUAUAAACUCUAUGACUUCAUCGUGUCCGGAUUGGGGACCAAUAUCUCUGAUGUCGCAUAAAUUUCAUGCAAAUCAGAACGGGUCUAAGGCUAUCGCUAUCGGAUGGGGCCUAGAUAGAUAUGAUUCAAGAUAUUCUUCUUCAAAGUUGCCAAAGCAAUCUCUCUCCGUGUACGAAGCCCUUCUAUAUUCCAAUGAUUGUCCAGGGAACAUUGGGUACAGAAAUUCAAAAAAACAAUUCGGAGAUACUGGCACUAAUAACAUUUACUGCUUAUCUCUGCCACGUUACUUUGGAGAAGAAAACGACCCGCAACACGGAAGUCUUCUACUUAUCGGUGGGAAAUUGAUUGGUUUAUAUCUACAGGAAGAGCGUCGUAGUUGGGGCGAACAAUCAGCGCAGUACACCGGCACUUGGCGACUGGUCCCGUGGGUGCUCGACGUGGCACGGGAGCCUGACGAGGCGGACAAUUUCAACGUUGACAUUUAA